GGAGCCACCGGGGAAGGAGAAGGAGAAGAAGAAGAAACUCGCUUCCCACGCGGGUUGUGGGCGGAAAAGGGGGUCCCUUCUCCGGGCAGAGGAAGGCGACCCUCCCCGGGACUUGAGGCCGAGGGAGGACCCCCGUCUUUCCGCCUUGGAAGGGAGAUUCCCAGGCAGGGUUGGGCAAGAGUCCCCGCUAAGCCAGGCGCGCACGCCUUCCUCCUCCAUCCCAGAAGAGGCAGGAGGAGGUGGGACCCUUUUCAACUGGUGCUUCCCCACCUCUCGGGAUCCAGACCUUGCUCUCCUCCCAAGGGAGAGGUCCCUCCCUGCUCUUGGGAUGCUUUGACUCAACCUUCCUGGUUUGGUGUUGGUUUGUUUUGGAUUUGGGGAGCUGCCGGAGAGACUCCUGCUCUUGGAGAGGGCGCUCCCUGCCUCCACUGGCCCUGAUCCGGCUCGGGUCCGCUUUGCGCAUUCCUGAAACCCGGAUUUUCCAAGAGAGAUGUAUACCUUUGUGGUCCGAGACGAAAACAGCAGCGUCUACGCCGAAGUCUCCAAGAUCCUCCUCUCCACCGGACAAUGGAAAAGGCUGAAGAGAGACAACCCCCGGUUUAACCUCAUGUUGGGAGAGAGGAACAGGCUGCCUUUCGGGAGGCUGGGGCAUGAACCUGGCCUUGUACAGCUGGUGAACUACUACAGAGGAGCUGAUAAACUCUGUCGGAAAGCUUCUUUAGUGAAGCUCAUCAAGACGAGCCCGGAAUUGGUGGAGUCUUGCACAUGGUUCCCGGAAUCCUAUGUGAUUUAUCCAACUGACCUGAAGACUCCAGUGGCCCCAGCACAAAAUGGGAUUCAGCACCUGGUAAACAACACAAGAACGGAUGAGAGGGAGGUUUUCCUGGCGUCCUAUCAGAAGAGGAAAGAAAGCGGAGAAGGAACUGUGUGGAUAGCCAAAUCUUCGGCAGGUGCCAAAGGUGAAGGAAUUCUUAUCUCUUCAGAGGCCUCUGAACUUCUGGAGUUCAUAGAUAAUCAAGGACAAGUACAUGUGAUUCAGAAAUACCUUGAGAAGCCUUUGCUCUUAGAACCAGGUCAUCGCAAAUUUGAUAUUCGAAGCUGGGUGCUAGUGGAUCACCUUUAUAAUAUCUACCUCUACCGAGAAGGCGUUCUACGGACCUCUUCCGAAGCUUACAACAGUGCUAAUUUCCUGGACAAAACCUGCCAUUUGACCAAUCACUGCAUACAGAAGGAAUAUUCUAAAAACUAUGGGAGAUAUGAAGAAGGGAAUGAAAUGUUCUUUGAGGAGUUUGAUCAGUAUCUCAUGAGUGCUUUGAACACUAAUCUGGAAAAUGCAAUCUUAUUACAAGUCAAAAACAUAAUAAGAAGUUGCCUUAUGUGUAUAGAACCUGCAAUCAGCACCAAACACCUCCAUUACCAGAGUUUCCAGCUCUUUGGCUUUGACUUCAUGGUGGAUGAAGACUUGAAGGUCUGGCUAAUUGAAGUCAAUGGUGCCCCUGCCUGUGCCCAGAAACUGUAUCCAGAGCUUUGCCAAGGCAUAGUGGAUGUAGCUAUCUCUAGUGUCUUUCCCCUUAGCGAGAUCGUGCAAAAGCAGAGCCAGCAACCGAUAUUUAUUAAAUUGUGAUGCUACUUUUUAAGAAAAAGACACGUGUGCAACAGACAGGGGAGAACUUCCUCCUGUUGAUUCUUGAGACAACGAAGAGAUAUGGAUUUGAUUGCUUCACCUGCAGAUCAUGCCUGGAAAAGAGAGAUAAAGACUAGCAUCAUCUUAGGAUUUCAGAAGAGAAAGAGGAAAGUCCAAGAUGAGCCAAAGCUGUCCCCUCAAUUCUGUAGAAAUGUUUACUAUAGAAACAGUUUCCGUAACCGAAGCAGCACUCUCUGGGAGAACAGCGUAAUGUUGUUUUUUUAAUUGAAGGAACAGAAAGGAUUUGACUUUUCCCCACCAUCCCUCUCCCUCAUCUAAUAAUUUAUUCUAGCAAAUGGGUGAUAGUACCAAUGCCCUUCCAUGGACAUAAUAGCUUGAAGGUUUUGUCAACUCGGUGUGCAAGGUUGUUUUGAUUUCUUUAUCCGCUGCAGUUCUAGUGCCUUAGCUUUUUUCCUAAUGACUAACCUAAUUCUGUUCUUGGUUGGUUCUUUAGAGAGUUAAAAAAACAGUCCUGUGGGGUAUUAACUGUUCCUUGCAAAACUUUGUUUUUAUAUGUGUGUGUGUUUGUUCUCUGAAAGUCAGUAUCUAACAGUUCUAAACGUAGAAGAUUAACUUGAAGGAUGAAAUACCGCUGUCUUCGUUUACCUUCUAAUACGUGCUGCUAUGGCUUAUGACGUAACAAUUCAAACAUAACCUCUCACAAUAUCCUAUGCAGACCUUAGAUAUACUACUUUUGGGUUGAACGCCCACAACCAGUACAAGCCAAUGGCCCUAUUUGCUGGGCAAUACUGGGAGCUGUAGUCCACAAAGCAACUACUCGUGAUCUUCCGUCUUGGCAAACGGUUGACAAUCUCUGUGCAUCCGCACACCUGAGCAAGUUGUUUAAAACAGAAAAUUUAUUAAUGUUGCAAUCUUUUUGGGUACUUAAUUCCGAGUAAGACCCAUUUAAUAUAAGUGGGACUAAUUUCAGAGUGAGCAUGCGUAAGACAGGUCUGUAAGUAUUCAAUGGGCUUAAAAAGUUCAGCUUGAAUCCAGUAAUUCAUUUUAAUACUAUUUGCAUUCAUUCUUCUUCAGCAUUUGCUGUUGCAGAAAAAGCAUGUCUGUCCAUUGGGACUGAAUGCAACUUUCUGUUGAAACAUGAACAUCAUUUGGACUUCACAGCUUUGUAUGUUGUUAGCUACAGAUCUUACUUCACUGGUUUUUGUUUGUUUGUUUGUUUUGCAUGUGGGCAUUUUGCUUUCUGCUUUGAUUUAAUUCCUUCCCUUGCUCUUUAUUCUUAAUUCGUAAAACAGGAGGUUAAGUGAAACAAAUCAUUGACAGAUAUAAUUGACAUUUUAAAAAACUCAAUUUCUCCCUUGACAUAUCUCUUAAUUGUACUGUUUCUAAAACAAUAACAA